AUGGCCACUCUGGCCGUGCCGCAGUCCCAGCCCGCUGCUGGCGGCGGCCUUUUCUUCAUCAGCAGCAGCAGCAGCAGCAGCAGCGGGCCUGCAGCAGCACUUGCUGCUGCAGCUGCGGACCCGAGUUCAGCUUCUCCUGAGGCCGCUGCAGCGGCUGCAGCCGAUUCUCCCAGCGGGGCAGGAGGAGCUGAGAGGAGCAGCAGCAACCCAGCAGCAGAAGGAGCAGCAACAGCAGCAGCAGCGCCAAACUGCAGCAGAAGCAGCAGGCUAG